CUAUAUUCUAAACCUGAGGCUUGAUCAUGGAGUUGGUUAGCUUCCUAGCUGCUCUCACUUCUGUGUUUAGAGCCGUCACCCUACCGGAACCAGUUAUCACACGUCUGGGCGACGGAGGGAUAAGGUUCCAAGUAAACGAUGUGCCAGGUACGGCUCAGGUGGGCCUUCACUUCUCUGUGAACAAGCCUGUCCAUGGUUUAGCACCCGGGGAUGCCAACGCGAACCUCAAAUAUCAACAAGAUGGGACAUGGGUGUAUGAGAGCCACAAUGCCAGUCUGUCAUCCUCGGACACGGUAUACUACUGGCUACAUCAGACGGUCCACGGUAUGAGCUACACACUGACGGACCGGAAGUGGACAGUACCAAGCAGACUGCGGUUGAUUUUAGAGGAUCACUUUGACACGCUGAACCUCACAGAAUGGGAACAUGAGGUGACGGCGUCCGGUGGAGGGAACUGGGAAUUCCAGAUUUACAGUCAAGAAGAAGUGAACAGUUAUGUUCGUGAUAACACACUGUUCAUUAAACCAACUCUUACAUCGGAUAAAUUUGGUGAAGCUUUCUUGUACAAUGGGACAUUAAACAUGACAGAGUUAUUCGGCAAGUGCACUCAAUCGGAUUUUUACGGCUGUUUCCGUGAGGGGAAGUAUGGCGUGAUCAACCCGAUAAUGUCCGCUCGUAUCAUCACCAAAAAGAGUUUCAAGUAUGGCAGAGUGGAAAUAUGGGCUAAGAUGCCGCGAGGAGAUUGGAUAUGGCCCGCCAUGUGGUUUCUUCCUAAGAACUGGGAGUAUGGAACGUGGCCUAGGUCGGGGGAAAUUGAUCUGGUAGAGGUGAGAGGCAAUCGGCAUUACGGAGACAUCGGUAUUGGCACCAUGGGAUCUACUCUUCACUGGGGACCAGUGUGGAAUGUUAAUGGUUAUCGCCUCACGACACAGGAACGCCAUGCUAAGCCUAAGUGGACCUUUGCUGACGGAUUUCAUAAAUACGUGCUGGACUGGGAUUACACUCAUAUCAGGACUUACGUUGAUGAUGAGCUGGUCUUAGACAUGCCUACCCCAGAGGAGGGAUACUGGAAGUUUGGAGGAUUCAGCGGGGAGGAUAUCUGGGCCAAGGGAGGGCGGGACGCUCCAUUCGAUAAGGAGUUCUAUCUCAUUCUGAAUGUUGCUAUUGGUGGAAAGCUGGGAUAUUUCCCGGACGAUGUUCCCAACGAAGGACACAAGAAACCCUGGGCGAAUGACUCGCCUCGGGCAGCUGAUGAGUUCUGGGCGGCCAAAGAUGACUGGUAUCCGACCUGGAUCCACGAAGACGCUGCUUUACAAGUGAAAUCAGUCAAAAUUUGGGAAAAAGCAGACUAGUACUAAACCCGUAUAUAAAAUCUGAAAUAUGAGUACCAAGAAUAAUCGGAAAAAUGCAUUCUCCUACGAUAAUCAAAUUAUCAUGAAAUGGUCAAGGAGUGAAAAUAUUUGGAGUAAAGUUCACAUAAUAACAUAUACAGUUUUUGUUUAUAAGUGUGUAUAAUGUGCCUACAUAAUUAUACGGACAGGGUCAUUUAUAGGGAGCCAAAGGGAGCCACACACAUUGAAGUGAUUUUUCAAAUGAUAAAUCUGCUUUACUUCAAAUCACUUUAAUCAGCUUAAUACGCUGUCAUUUUCAGCCAAUUAAAGCAUUUACUGAGCAAGUCAGUAUGUCACUAAUGAUAAAAUAAGCGAUAGUGAUGACUCGAGGGACCUGUUGUACGAGGCCAUCGCAAAUUGCGUGUGGUGUAACAACCAUGACAAGAUACAGUGAAGAGAUACGUCGCCACGGUAAAUGUUCUUGGCGUAGUGUUGCGAUAGCUUUGUAAAACGGGCUCAAGGUCAACUGUCAUGGGCGUCCAUUUCAGCAUCUGGUGUCGCGACCAUAUGUUUCUUCUUUUUGUAGGGGACAGAACAUACCUUAAUGUUUCAAUAUAAAUGU